AUGAGCGGCGCUAUAAAGCAGCUUCCUCCAAUAGGAGAAGCUAGGGAAUUAUUCGCCCAUUUUGUUCAGAAGUUACAGCCUUCACUUGGUGUCCUCCAUGUACCUUCCACCCGAAAAUUGAUGGAGGAGUCUUAUCAAGGCAUGCUCAAUGGUGAACAGCCCACACCCACUAACCUCAUGUUGCUCUUUAGCAUAUUCUCCGGUGCAGCACUAGUUUGGUCACCUCAGCUUCUGGAAAAGCUGAACGCUACCCAAACAAAUGCCAAUGCAUCGUUUGAGAUAUACUCCCAGCUGGCUUUGUCUAUAUUGGAACAUCCUCUGCAGCCGGUGCAGCCAUCAACCACAGCAAUAAUUGCUAUAAGCACCUUGGCUCAUUUGCUCACGAAUACAGAAGGUCUCUCUGUAAAGAUAAGUCUUCUGAAAACCCGAUGUGUUUUAAUGGCAAGAGAUAUGAGAAUUCACCGCUUGGAUACUGCUCAAAGUCAGGACGAACGGAGGCUGAAGGGGUGCAAUCUGAUCGAAGUUGAAGUUCAAAGACGAUUCUGGUGGGACAUGGUGGCAUCGGAUUGGCUUUCUGCAUUCUCGGGAGGCCCUCAAGAGGGCGCUUAUGAUUUUCAGCCAAAACACAUGAAUGUGAACUUUCCAAGCAACAUCGACGAUGAGCUGAUGUUGGCCACGGGGUUCCAGCAAUCCUUUCCCUUGUCAGUUCCUACGGCCAUUUCAGGAUCCAUUCAGAGAGUAAGAAUGGCAAAUCUCUGCCGUGAGGUGGUCGAUGCUAUGCCCUCGGUUCUACUGGGCUCUCAAGAGCCCGACUAUGCAGUUAUACUCGCUAUUGACAAGAAGUUUCACAAAUGCCUCGAAGAAAUUCCCGAAUUCUUCAAAAUGGACCAGGAGAGCAUCGAGAAAAGCCAGGAAAUCUGCGAAGAGCGGCCCUAUAUUACAUGGCAGCGUAUCAAUCUACAUUUCAGCUUUCACAUACGGCUGUCCCGGCUCCAUCGACCCUAUCAUUUAGAAGGCGUGACGAAUCCAAAAUAUGCCUAUUCGCACAUGAUAUGCAUCAGAUCAGCGCAGACCGUCUUAGAGCUGAGACGUGCAAUGGAUGAGAUGGGCCCGGACGCUGAAUGGUAUCCCGCGCGGCUCUGGAGAGUUGUACAGCACGUCUUUCUCGCGGCGCUUAUCCUGGCGACCGAUGUCUCAUUCAAUCCUAACGCACCUGAUGCAGAAGCUCGAAAGACCAAGGUGCUUGCUGCCUACAAAAUAUUGGAGCAAUCAAAACAGGGCUCUGGAUCGCUGGUUGAAGGGGUCCAGAGAAACAUGCAAACACUACUGUCGACGCUGCAGAGACAGAGUCAAGACCUUACAGAGACCAGGGGCGGACCUGCGGCGCCUCGCGAAACAGGGCUGAAUGGCACAUUCACGGGUGGACCCGACGAACCGCUGGUGGCCAAUCAGAUCGGCAGCCGUCUCGACAUGCAGGGUGGAUUCACAACGAGCGGAGCCUUGACCGACGAUAUGGGGGAAGAAGGCUGGCAACAACUUUGGUCGGACUUUGUGGCUGUGGCGCCAGACCUAGACGUCCCGCAGUGGAACUCCUUGUUAGACGAUGUUGAUUUCGGCUGGUUGGAAAAUACUGCCCCAAUCUGA